CAUCCUAGGCGCUCCUCGAAUUUAACCCUAAGGGAGCCGCUGUGCGUCUGCAGAGUUGUUCGCGGGGAGCAGAGUGUGCCACGUCUACUGAGACCGGGAGCCAUGAACUUGGCCGGGACCAGAGCUUUCCCCAGGCCUUAAACUGCAAAGCAGGCAUUGAUUUCAUGUAGUCAGGUCGCUUUCCCCCGAAGCGGCUCGCUUUGAAAGGACGCCUGUGCUACCGGCCGGGGCACCAUGAGACUGGUCCUGUGGCCAGCCCUCCUGGCCACCCUGCUGGCCCUGGGGAGGGGGGCACUGAUCCCGGAGCCCGAGGUGAAGAUCGAGGUCCUCCAGAAGCCUUUCAUCUGCCAGCGGAAGACCAAAGGUGGCGAUAUGAUGCUGUUACAUUACGAAGGCUACUUGGAGAAGGACGGGUCCCUGUUUCACUCCACGCACAAACAUAACCACGGCCAGCCCAUCUGGUUUACACUUGGCAUCCUGGAGGUUCUCAAAGGCUGGGACCAAGGUCUGAAGGGCAUGUGCGUGGGGGAGAAGAGGAAGCUCACCAUCCCCCCUGCCCUGGGGUAUGGAAAAGAGGGGAAAGGUCAAAUUCCCCCCGAGAGUACACUGAUAUUCAAUAUUGAUCUCCUGGAAAUUCGAAAUGGACCAAGAUCACACGAGUCAUUCCAAGAGAUGGAUCUUAAUGAUGACUGGAAGCUGUCUAAACAAGAGGUUAAAAUCUAUUUGAAGAAGGAAUUUGAAAAGCAUGGGGCAAUGAUCAAUGAGAGUCACCAUGAUACUUUGGUGGAAGACAUCUUUGACAAAGAAGACGAGGACAAGGAUGGGUUUAUAUCUGCAAGGGAAUUUACGUACAGACAUGAUGAGCUGUAAAGAAAUAUCCCUCUGGCGCCAAUGCCGAGAAUUUUUGAGCCUUAUUUGCUAGCAAUGUUGAUUCUGUCUGUUGAGUUGGUAUUUAUUCAUAGGAAAGAAGUAAUUGUCUCCUGCUGUGUGUCUUUGAAUAUUAAAAGAAAUUUGAGCGAGA